AUGGCAUGGCAUGGCGUGGCAUGGUAUGGAAGCCCGGAUGGAUGUACCUCUUGCAGCACGGUUGAGGGCGCGGCCAGGCGAGUGGAUGGGCUUGGGGUACCUACAUGCGACGUGCAAUACCCGAGGCAUCAGCAGCAGUUGGCAAUGCUGUUGUCCGCCACGUUGAUGGUCCUACUGGAUGGAGGUUCCGGGCAUGCUUCCCGCACGCACGGGCACUGGGGCCAGCCGCCAACCGCCAACCGCCGCCGCCGCCGCCGCCGCCAAGUGCGAAUGCACCUUAUCCGUGCAAACCGCUGGGGGCGGGUUGCUGAGUGCAGUAAUUCCUGCGCCCGCAACCGGGCAUCCAAACCAAACCAAACCAUCCAUGCCAUCCCAUGCACCCAUGCCAUCCCUCCCCCCUCCAUCAACCACCACCCGACCCCUCUAUGA